AUGAAGGCAGGAGGUAUUGAGCUUGGGGAGGGGGGGAAGAGUUCUACCUCAAGAAGUGGAGUGAACAAAGGUGUAUCUAUACUGGACUUUAUUUUCAGGAUACUGGCAUUUGUUGGUACCCUGGGGAGUGCAAUUGCCAUGGUGACUACAAACGAAACGCUACCUUUCUUUACGCGGUUUCUUCAGUUUAGGGCUGAGUAUGAUGACGUACCAACGUUCACGUUCUUUGUGGUUGCCAAUGCCAUUGUAAGCGGCUAUCUGCUGCUUUCUCUCCCUUUUUCAAUCUUCCACAUCGUAAGGAGCAGUGCACAAAGGACUAGGGUGAUCCUGAUCUUCUUUGACAUGGUGAUGCUGGCUCUUUUAACGGCAGGAGCUUCUGCAGCAGCAGCUAUUGUGUACUUAGCACAUAAGGGCAAUGCCAGGGUAAAUUGGCUUGCCAUCUGUCAGCAAUUCAACUCCUUCUGCCAGCGUACGUCUGGCUCUUUGAUUGGAUCCUUUGCAGGAAUCAUCCUCCUCGCACUGCUGAUUAUGUUAUCGGGCGUGGCCCUUGCUCGACGUCCUUAG